AUGGCGGCCACUGACGGCAAUCCGUGUGCUCGAGGUUCACCAUUCUCCAGCGCGCUUGGUAUCUCUAGCAAGCGUCCUCAUUCCCAAAGACCGCGCAGAAUAACGACUCAGACCCCCAGCGGGUUCUCACUCCAAAGGGCCUUGCAGAUGUUGGGUGGUGUGAUAGAAUCCGUCGACAGCAUCCGGCGCUUCCUCGACGAUCGCACGGGGACAUUCGACGUCCUCCUCUUCCUCAGUUAUGUCUUAAAAGGCUUCUUCUUUCACAUCCUCGCCUCGUGGAGCUACGUCGGGGCAGCAUUCGCUGUUUUCUGCUUCGUCUCUUUCACUGAGCGUGAGGCUAAGAAGACGCCCCGAGCGAGAAGCGACGCUGCCACACCCAGGGCCCGUGACGAGGAAGCAAGAAAUGAGCUGCCAUCGCCGGGCUCCAGCAUGUUCUCCCUUCCGUGGAUCUUGCAGAUGCUGGGCGUUGCGAUAGAAUCCGUCGAUAGAAUCCUACGUUUCCUCGACGAUCACACAGGGACUUUCGACGUCUACCUCUUCCUCAGUUACGUGUUAAAGGGCUUCCUCUUUAACAUCCUUGCCUCGUGGAGCUACGUCGGGGCAGGACUCGUUAUUUUCUACUGCGUCUCCUCGAGAGGGCGUGAGGCCCAGCUAGACAAGAAGAUAGCCCUCGCGAGAACCGACGCUGCUACAUUCAAGGCCCUGUACGAAGAUGCUGGAAUCGAGCUGCCGCCGUGGAUCACCUUUCCAGAAGAAGAGCGAGCAGAAUGGUUAAACAAGAUUAUCAAUCAGCUGUGGCCAAAAUUUGAAGAAUAUGCUAAGGAUUAUUGCAAAUAUAUUAUACAACCAUACUACGCGACUCAACCCGAUUUUAUAGACUUCAAAUUUAGUAAGAUACAUCUUGGCGACGUCGCUCCUAUGGUCACCGGUGUUAAGGUUCAUAAUAGCACCUCGCGCCACAGGAUAACAAUCGACGUGAACAUUGUAUUUACAGGGAAUAAUUCAUUCGAAGUAAGCGUCAACGGAAUCAAAGCUGGCAUUAAAGAAUUUAAAAUAUCCGGUCAGAUGCGGAUCGUCCUUUCGCCACUAAGUAAUCACUCCCCAUUCAUACGAGGUUUUCAAGCUUUUUUCCUCCGAAAACCUGAUUUCCAUUUCAAAUUCACAAAAGUUGCGAAACCCCUAAAUAACUUCGAGGCUGUGUUUGGUGACUGGAUGCUGAAGACCUGGGUUUUCCCGAAAAAAUAUUGUAGCGUCAACGACACCUUGGAUCAGAUGCCAGUCCUCCAGGUCCAGGGUGUGAUCCGCCUAACCUCGGUGAGGGCUGAGGGCCUGGCUAGUAAAGCCUCACACUGCACGAUCACGCUCAGAGCACAAAAGCACACCACCGGGAAGACAAGAGGGUCUUGCAAUCCAAAAUGGAACGAUCUCAGCUACGAGUAUUGGGUCGAGAACAGAGAUUCGGAAGUGGUUGAAUUUGAGAUUUACGACGGGAACAAUGUAAUAGGAUGUUGUGAACUGGAUGUUCAGAAGAUAUAUGAGGGCAUAGAGGAAGCCAACCCAAUACAAUUGACCGAUGCCACGUCAGGUCGUCUGUAUAUCAACGCUACUUGGUAUGACCUGAAAAAUGAAGAUAUACCCUUUGAAACGGUGGAGGGAUCUUUUCACACGGCUGUUCUCGUGGUGUGGGUGGACUCCGUCAAAGGUCUCACUGGAAAACCUAAUCCAAUCGUGCGGCUUCGUGUCGGUGACGUAGCUCGGCCGCAAGAAACAAGGGAGGAACAGAAAGCGAACAAUCCAGUCUUUGAAGAGGACUUUAUCUUAUUUGUAAAGGACCCGCGAACUGAAAAACUGAAGGUGGAGGUAAUUGACAUGAAGACAGGCCAGUCAUUAGGCGCACUGGAGUUCAGCGUUGUUGACCUGCUCAGACAACCGAAUCUUGAGAUUUUGGAAAAGGAAUACAGUCUGGAUGAGUCUUCUGCGUCUAUCCAGCUCAGCAUGUCUCUUAGGACUGAGUUGUAUUCAUUAUAUUUUAGUCCACGAGUUGAUCAGGAGCGCCACGUCUUGCAGCAGGACGCCUCUCAAAUGCCAUCACAUGAUAAGGAUGCCCGCUUUAUCGCAGGCUCUGAGAUGCGUGACAUUCCGAGCUGA